UCCCCCAUAAUGUCUAAGGUCAAAGGGAAAUUUUCAACUAGCUAAUGUGCUAUCUGGAAUUUCUCCUAACACAAGCUAAACUUUAAACUUUCAGUUCAGUUGCAUUUUUCCUCCCCUGAUCUAAAAGGAAGAAAGGAACGUGGACCGACCCUUUUAUACUAGGCUAACACCAAGGUUGUACAUGAUGGAAGAAGAGAACUGACUUCUGCAAGUUGUCCGAUGACCUCUACAGCAUGCGGAGGCAUGUAACCCCCACCCCAAAUGCAACUUAGAAAUUAGAGGACCAAUUUAAACACAGAAAUACCUUAUGGUUUAAUAUGGUGACGUGUUCUUACUCUUCACGUGGAGAUGGCGGCUCCCCAGUUCACCCAGUUCAGCUUCUUCAUGGUUGCCUUGCUCAUUUGCUCUGUGACUGCUUAUCCCAGUGGAAAAGUACCAAUGUCCUGUGGUGGGAUGAUCCCCCAACAUAACCACAGCCCACAAUCUGAGCCUAUUCACCAAAUCACAGUGAGUCAGAGGACAUUCAAACCUGGAGACCAGAUCAAAGUUACUUUAUCAGGACCAGAAUUUAGAGGUUUUCUUCUAGAAGCUCGUGAUGCUGAGGAUUUGAGCGGCCCUCCUAUUGGCUCCUUCACUCUGAUUGACAGUGAAGAGUCACAGCUUCUGACCUGUGACGAUGUACAGGGAUUAGCUGUGAGCCAUACAAGGUCGUCCAAGAAGACAGAAAUUAAAGUCUACUGGAAUGCACCAAGCAGCGCCCCACAUCACAUACGAUUUCUAGCCACGGUGGUUCAGAAAUAUAAAAUCUACUGGGUGAAGAUUCCUAGUCCUGUAAUUUCCCAACCAAAUGCUCCUCCCUUUACGACACCUACAGCUACAACACAGCCUUUGACAACGCCACCUUCUGUCUCGCACUUAACCAAAUCGUUCAGUGCCUCCGAGUGUGGGACCAAGAAGUUCUGUGUCAGGAGCCCUUUGAACUGUGAUCCAGAGAAUGAGCCUGCUUGUGCCUUUCUGUCCUUUACCAGAGAUAACCAAUCGGUGAUGGUUGAAAUGAGCGGACCCAGUGACGGCUAUGUGUCGUUUGCAUUUUCUCAUGACCAAUGGAUGGGUGACGAUGACGCUUACUUGUGCAUCCACGAGGAUCAGACAGUGUAUAUACAGCCUUCCUAUUUGACAGGGAGAAGUUAUCCUGUGAUGGACUCCAGGGGGUCUCUCGAGGAUAUGGCCUGGAGGCUGGCAGACGGCAUCAUACAGUGUUCAUUCAGAAGAAACAUCACCCUUCCCGAGGUUAAGAACAGAUUUGUGCUGAAUGAAAGCUACUACAUAUUCUUUGCGGAAGGCCCAGCUCACGACGGCCGAAUUUUUAGGCACCCUCGGCAACCUUUGGUAACAUCCGAAAAGUAUGACGUGACAGGCACUCCAAAGAAUGUAGGAGGAUCCCGCUCUUCACCCCUUUUGAAGGCUCAUGGUGCCUUAAUGUUUGUGGCCUGGAUGACCACGGUCAGCAUAGGAGUCCUGGUUGCCAGGUUCUUCAGAUCUGUUUGGUCAAAAGCUUUCUUCCUCAGGGAGGCAGCUUGGUUUCAGGUGCAUCGAAUGCUCAUGGUUGCCACCUCUGUGCUCACCUGCAUUGCUUUCGUCUUGCCUUUUGUGUACCGAGGAGGCUGGAGUCGGCGGGCAGGCUACCACCCAUACCUCGGUUGUACAGUGAUGACCUUAGCUGUCCUUCAACCUUUGAUGGCAACCUUCAGGCCACCUUUACACGACCCAAGGAGGCAAGUAUUUAACUGGACUCACUGGAGUGUGGGGACAGCCGCUAGAAUAAUAGCAGUGGCAGCGAUGUUCCUAGGAAUGGAUUUGCCGGGACUGACUCUUCCCAGUCCACAAAGGACCUAUGCAAUGAUGGGGUUUGUGGUUUGGCACAUCGGGACUGAGAUCAUUCUGGAGAUCCAUGCUUACCGGCUCUCUAGAAAAGUUGAGAUACUGGACGACGAUAGAAUUCAGAUCCUUCAGUCACUAACUGUGGCUGAAGCAGAGGGUCAUGUUUUUAAGAAGGUGGUGCUGGCGGUUUACAUAUGUGGGAACGUGACUUUUCUCAUGAUAUUCUUAUCUGCAAUCAACCAAAUAUGAGCAUGAAAAGACUUUUAUUUUAUUUUAUUUUAUUUUUUAUUUUAUUUUUUUUUUUGUGGGCCUGGGUCAUGAUGAUCAUCAAUGAUGAUCAGAAGAGACCUGAAGCUUGUGCUGACUGCCUGGAGCACAUACUAAUUCAGAAGACCCAGGGGCGUCACUCUAGAGGAAUUCUGAAGUCUGGUUUCUCUAGCUCACAUUCAAGUGGGCCAAAUAACUUGUGCACUGAUGUCAAUCAAGCCUUUAUGUGUAACUCUGCAUCCCGACGGGAACAUUAUGUACCUGAGAUGACAUGACUCUCAACAUCUCAUGCCAGAUUUAAAACAGUCAACUGGAAUGGAUAAUGAAUGAAGACAAUUAUCUUAGGCAAAGAGUAAAUAGGGAAUGUAUCUUUGGGAAUGAGACAGGUUUUGUGUAGCCCGGGCUGGCCUCUAACUGGCUGUAUAACCAAAGAUAACCCCGAACCUCUGAUCUUCCUGCCUCUGUUUUCUGGGUGGUGGGAUUACAUGUGUGCACCACUGUGUCUGGUUUCAAGGGGACUGUAAUUUCUACAACGACUGUAAUUUCCAUGACAACGUUGCUGUGGUACUUUAAGGGAUACAUUUAUAUUGACUAGUUUAUUUAAGAGAUUUUAUCUUGGAGUUUAAAAAAAGAUUUACUACAUUUUGUUUUUAUGCAUACACACAUACACACACACACAUAUUCAUUCAUGGAGCUGAAAUGACAUCUUAUGUCCUGUUUCAGCCAUGAGAUCAGUCCUUACAGGAGCUAGAGAACAAAGCUGUGAGUUUCACAGUUGCUAAACCUCACUCUUGUGAAUGGAUCCAGCAAGUGUUCUUAUCUCUUGAAGAUAAACUAACAUGGAUGGAUUCCUUUAGAAGACAUCCCCGGUGCUCUAGUCACUUAGCAUAGGUGGUGUAUUUCCUCCUAGUAGGUCAUUUUUUAUCUUAAAGUUUGCUAUGAGGACUUACAGCCAGUGGGUGGUGCUGUAAUACCAGAGGACUCAUUUGUUCUGUUCCCAUCAAGUGUUUUUAAUUAUGGGCCUAUUUCCUUACACCCUACAGUUCUGGAUCUCUUUCUUUCUUUCUUUCUUUCUUUCUUUCUUUCUUUCUUUCUUUCUUUCUUUCUUUCUCCCUUUCUUUCUUUCUUUUUGGGAUGGGGUAAUAGGUGCUAGAAACUUAACUUAAUAACUCGUGUUAUUACUUUCUGACUUAACUUUUAUUUGUUUUCUUUGAUUAUUUAUAAUGACUGUUUGAUAUUUUCUUUUAUAUUCUUCUAACCCUGUAGUAAAUGAAGAUACUUGUCUUAGGCAAAGAAAACAAGCAAAAUAAUUGAGAGGAUAAAUUUUAUCUUUUAGAUAUUCUUUUGGAUGAUGAUGUCAUUUCUGCUUGGCCCCAGAACCCUGUUUUUAUCUCUGAGUAAUGACCCCAGCUCCAUGUUUUUAUUUCUAACCAAUAAAGUGAAAAAUUUCUGGUUUUUCUCUGCAUAGAUCUUAGUUAAAAAUAGCUUAGGGUUCAGGUUGGAAUUUCUUGUGCUCAUGGUCAAUGAAUGCCACAUUACAGUUUAUACAUACUAUUGCUUGAGAAUGUCUUUAUUUCAAAAGAAAAAGGGCUGGAGAUGUAGCUCCGUCUAUGCCGUCUAUAGGUAUACUUGCUAGACUCUUGGUGCUGAGGCCAAUAUUAUAAUGUAUUUCUCAAGAGAGAUAUUUUUCAUUAGUUCUUUAAGAUGGAGGGGCACCCUCUCAGAGGAGAAGGGGAGGUGGGAUGAGAGGAAGAACCCUGUGAGGGAAGGAGGGGGCAGCAUUUGGGAUGUAAAUACAUAAAUAAAUUAAAUUAAAAAGAA